UCAAAGCGAAAGGUAGUGGGCAAUUGAAAGUGUUAUGUUAAUAUAACACUAAUGUUUUUUGUUAUAUUAUGUACAGCGACGCGUUCUGGUGUUGGGGUGUUAAAUUGACCCUUGUUAAGCUCCCGUGCCCCUGAAGUGGCCCCUGUCGAGCUGCCCCGAUUGAUCCGAUAUCGAACCAUGCAUUCUUCAUUAGAUCCGCGUCGGCCUCGCCUCAAUUCCGUCGUCCUUCGUUCUUCAGUACACCCAUCUCCCAGCGAAUUCAAAUUCAGCAGCGCAACUAGCUUCGACAAUUAUCUCUGCUGCCAUCGCACUUGAACCGCAAUCCGCCACACGCGAUGGAUGUAGCUCUGGAGCUUCUCGAUCCUCUCAUUCUGGAUAAGGCCUAUGCCUGGGCGUUACCUUAUCCUGGUGUCAGUAACUCCUCGGAUCCCAUUCUCUCGGCUGCCGACACGGUGCCUACGUCUCUAUGGCCGCGAGACAACAUCUAUCGUCAAAUCAUAUCGCUUCUCGCCAUCACUCAAUUUGGCGCAACUUCCCUCUACCUCGUCUUCAGCGCUCUAUCCUACUACUUCAUAUUUGAUCGACGCCUCGAGUACCAUCCUCGCUUCUUGCAGAAUCAAAUCCGCCAAGAGAUCAAAUCAUCGCUGUCCGCCGUUCCGGUUAUCAACAUUUUGACCCUGCCUUUUUUCCUGGCCGAGGUCCGUGGCAAAAGCUUACUUUAUUCCAAUGUGAGCGACUAUGGCUGGCCCUGGAUGUUGAUCUCAUCAAUCCUGUACAUGGCUUUCAAUGAUAUUGGUAUCUACUGGAUUCAUCGCUUGGAACAUCACCCCAGCGUGUACAAGUACAUUCACAAGCCACAUCACAAAUGGAUCGUUCCCACGCCAUGGGCUGCGCUGGCUUUCCACCCGCUUGAUGGAUAUGUGCAGUCUCUGCCGUACCAUGUCUUUGUCUUUAUUUGCCCAAUGCAGAGAUAUCUGUACAUGGCCCUCUUCAUGGCUGUUCAGAUCUGGACCAUCCUGAUCCACGACGGUGACAUGAUUACUGGCCAUUGGACGGAGAAGUUCAUCAACAGCCCGGCGCACCACACGUUGCACCAUAUGUACUUUACCGUCAACUAUGGACAAUAUUUCACCUGGGCCGACAACUAUUUCGGCUCGCACAGGGCACCCGAGCCAGCGCUGGAUCCUCUCCAUGACGCCAUCAAGGUGAUGCGAGCGAAAGGACUCGUGGAUGAGCAGGGCAAUCCGAUCAAAAAGCCAAAGGGGGAGUAAAGGAUGGAAUUGAUGUCUUCGGUAAAUAUAUAUAUAAUAAUAAUAAUAAUAAGAUUGGAUACCGCAAGGUAGGCUAUUCGUUGCGAUCG